CCGAAGAAAUUUCGGGAUAAGGAGGAAUCCCGACGUUCGCGAACGACCUUAUCCCCUUCUUCAACCAUGGCCUUCCUCCUGCUCCGACCUCCCUCCGUCGCCUCUCCGUCGCCCCUCGCCUUCUCUCGGUCCCAAACCCUAGGCGCUUCUCUCUCCACAACCCCCGCUUCCCUCUCUCUCCCCGCCGCUACCUCCGCUCCGUCCGUGCCUCUCGUGUACUGUGGCAGAGGUGACAAGAAGACCGCCAAGGGAAAGCGCUUCAAUCACUCCUUCGGCAACGCGAGGCCGCGGAACAAGAAGAAAGGGAGAGGUCCGCCACGGGUGGCUGCUCCUCCUGCCCCUCCGAGGAAGGACCGGUUCGAGGAUAACGAGGUUAUCAAGAUUGACAUUGAUGAGUCCCUCUUCACUAGAUGAUUUCGGGCAAACCCUUUUCGUUUCCUGGUUGAUGUAUUCUCUUUAGCGUCGGAAUGCAUUCGUUGGCCUUACUGUUUAGUCGAUACAUCCUUAUGUGAAAUUCUCGAUUGCAAUGCGGUUCCUAUAUGCUCUGAUUA